AUGCCUAAGAAUAACGAUUCCACGCGCAUAGCUCCAAAGCUAGCUCCAAAGCACAACGUGCCUUCUACGCUGAAGGUGCCAUGUCUUCUUCAGCUUAACGGCAACAACACUUUUGGCGGAAAGGGACUCGGUAUCCCCACGACUAUAGCCACGUCUCUGCUAGCCUUACGAUCUACAGACAAGGACUCGUACCUCGGCCUAGUCAUCGAAUUUCCGCUAUCAGCUGCGGUAGAGAGCACCGGCUUCGGAAGGUGUCAUCACAUUGACUUUGGUUCUGAGAAGGUCAUUCCUAGCACCACCAGGAGGCUCACGGUGAAGUUUCCCCGUGAAGAGAUCAAUAUUACCUACCAGGCUGCAACUGAAGAAGAGACCACGAGAUACCCUACUGGCAAAAAGUACAUGACUUGGGUCAGUGCCAUUCUUGGCAAAGGCGCAUCAGUCUCUGUGCAAGGAUUUGGUAUGCCAUCCUCGAACCCAUGUUACCUCACUGAAGGCAUUGUCCAGCCUUCUGCCUCGACAACCGUUAUGGACGGCCUGAGCCUACUUGAUAUCAUCCAACAGCGACAAUUUCUGUUCCUGGCUGCUCACCAUGACGACAUUAUCAAGGCAAAGUGGAGCGUCGCCAGCUUAGCACCCAACUUCGACUACGGCUAUGGUGAAGACCAGUCUUGGGACAUGGAAAAGUACAUGAAGCAGCUACAUGAAAUCGAAGGCCACCGCUUCCGGACUGCAUGGAACUUUGAUACCGACGCCUCUCAUGUGACUGCUAUCACACAGAGCAUAGUCCAAGACUUCAUAUGGAUUCAAAAAUGGUGUCUCGACAUGACUACCGAAAUGGGGUGGGCGUACUUCGUCAAGCAACCAGUAAGCCAGCGGUCAAAAAGAUGGCUAGUCAUAGUGAAGAUGGACAGGGACUUCUGGAAGGGCGAAGAAUGGUCUCAGGCCUGUAUCAGCGGAACUAUGAAGCUGGUUGUCCAUCCCGGGCCAGAUGAACUCCCUGAGUCAUGGACGGACGACCUUUCAGAACGCUAUUCAGCUCGUAUUUGCCACGAUCCGGAUGAAGUAAGAUUGCUCAACCGUCAUCCGCUCACUGAGAAGGACUUCGUCACCAGGAACCGCGUUUCGUUCGAAUGGGAUCUGCAGCUUCAUGAUGCCAAGCGCCAAGUCGACUCUGUUUGCGGCCUCCUGCCAUCGGCCGCCCCAAACCGCCAAUUCUUCUGUGACAAGGGCCUCGAAGUCUCAGAGCUUGGAGUUGGGAGGGAGGCAUUGAUGAUGAGUCUGCACAGAGAUCUCCUACGUGGUGAUGGCUUCUGGAAGACAAUGAUGGCCGCAGAUCCGGCAGUGAACGAGAUGGCAAGCAACAUGGGAGAUAUGGAUACCGGCAGCCAACACCAACGAAUGGCUUUAUCUAUGCUACCGUCUGUCAACUUUCUGAAGGAAGAUGGUCGAAGCGGCUGGACUGAGACUCUAUUGUCCGAGGUUUCUGAUGCCGACCAGCGUCCGCUUCGCUUCUAUCUCAGCAACCGCCCUCUGGGGUUUGGUAUCAUCACAAAUGGACCAAACACCGACAACACCUCCAUUUUCCCCAUGGCAGCCCUUGCGAUGCAUGCAACCGUGGGUACCGUCAUGGCAAGCGCUCCGACUCCUACCGCCGUGAACAAGUUCGCUUCUGACCUCCAUACUGCCUCUCGCAGCGCCGUAAGCAAGUACAACAUCGGGAGGAGCCAGGAAAGCAGUCGCCGAGCUGCUCUGAUCAUCCGUGGCUUUCAACUUCAGGUCGAAUGCGACGCCUUCAAGUGUUUACUUCAAUUCCCUCACCUCGGCAAUGAAGCGGCUGGUGAUGAUGAAUGGGGCGUCAAGUUGGACUGGAAGCUCCAUCUCUCGGCCACAUUUUGGCUUCUUACCUGCCUUGGCUCCCAAUCCUUGCCACCCCUGCAUAAAGAGGACGCCAGAAUUCUCCACGAGUUCCAGUACCUACUUGAAAAUUCAUACAUCUUCACUCGUCUUCUCGAAAGGGUUUCUGGCAAGAUCUCGUGGGAAGAAUACGUGGCCGGCGAAACUGUUGCAGACACUGAAAUCAUGAAGCUGAUGGAGAUGCUUAUCGAGGUCGCCGACAUUGUCUGUACGACCCCAUCCUUAGCCCACACCGAGGACCAUCUCAAGAAGUGGAAGAUCGAGCGGGCUCGGGGGAUCGCCAUUGACGAAGCUGGCGGUAUGAGCCGUGGCGAUUUGUAUUCCAUCUGGGGUAACACACUCUUGCCCUGCUUUCUCGCCGGGGAUGAAGAGUUCAUCCCUCUAGAGGUGAAGAGCUACCAUGACCGAGAUGCCGACGGAAACAUGCGGAACAGAUUUGGGGAUGAUACUCGGAAGUCGGCGUUGGAGUUUCUGGUUGCGACUGGCUGGCCUGUCUAUCGCGUUCGUGGUCAGUGA